AUGGCGGACUCAGUGUACCACCUGGCUUAUGAAAUGGGCUUCCCUCGUCCCCAUAAACGCGUACACAAAGGUAAAAGCGCCGUAAGGCGGCUCGCGCUUCUCCCCCAGGGGCAGAAUCUUCCACAGAUCGCUUAUGCUCUCCAGGAUUCCCCGACCAGCAAUGUGGUCCCGAAGGCACAGUCGACGCUCAGCACCACAGGCCAGCUUGUUCUCUGCAGCCGCCAGGCGAACCCGCGUCUCAGUCACCACGCAAACACGGCCCAGCACCCGCUCUGCCCUGGCGGAAGUGGAGGCCCAUCCUUCCGGCCGUUCUUCCGGCUGCUGCCCGCCAACUUCCGGCGGGCGGGUGGGCGCGCGCCGCCUAACGACCUUCUGCGCGGACGGUCGGCCGGCGGCGGCGUGCGGAUGGAGGGCUCGGCCCCCGGCCUGGCGCGGCGGGGUUGGCGGCGGGCCCCGGCCGCGGGCUCCCCGCUCUCCUGGGCCGCGGUCGUCCUCCUGCUCUCCGCCUUCAUAUUGCGGGCGCCCCCGUCAGUUGGAUAUUUGAUUCACUUACCAAGAGGUUUCAGCUUGACCCAAGAUUUGGUGAAAAUAGUGGGAUCACCAGAUUUUCCAGUGAAAGUAUAUGUUAUGCUCCAUCAAAGGAGUCCACACAUGUUAUGUGUAACCCAGCGACUGCGAAAUUCUGAACUGAUAGACCCAUCAUUCCAAUGGCAUGGGCCAAGAGGAAAAAUUGUUUCAGAAAACAGUAGCGCACAAGUAACAUCCACAGGAAGCCUUAUAUUCCAGAACUUUGAGGAGAACAUGAGUGGAGUUUAUACGUGUUUCCUUGAGUAUAAACCUAUGGUGGAAGAAGUUAUUAAAAAUCUUCAACUAAAAUAUGUUAUAUAUGCUUAUCGUGAGCCUCGAUAUUUUUAUGAGUUUACAGCUCGUUAUCAUGCAGCUCCCUGCAAUAGUAUCUAUAAUAUUUCUUUUGAGAAGAAACUUCUUCAGAUUUUAAGCAAAUUGGUUCUUGACCUUUCGUGUGAAGUUUCCUUACUUAAGUCUGAAUGCCAUCGUGUUAAAAUGCAAAAAGCUGGUUUGCAAAAUGAAUUGUUCUUUACAUUUUCUGUUUCAUCUAUAGAACCUGAAAAAGGACCCAAGCCAUGUGCAGACCAUAAUUGUGAAUCUUCCAGAAGACUAGCUAAGGCUAAAAAUCUCAUAGAGAGAUUUUUUAAUCAACAAGUAGAAGUUCUAGGCAGAAGUGCACAGCCAUUGCCUGAAAUAUACUAUAUUGAAGGUACUCUCCAAAUGAUUUGGAUUAAUCGCUGCUUUCCAGGCUAUGGAAUGAAUAGCCUGAAACAUCCAAAAUGUCCUGAAUGCUGUGUGAUCUGCAGCCCUGGAUCUUAUAAUCCACGUGAUGGAAUUCACUGCCUUCCAUGCAAUAGCAGCCUGGUGUAUGGAGCAAAAACAUGCUUGUAGGCCAU